UGAUAUAGGACUUCAGCUUCACAGGACUCACUCUAGAUGAACUCAGAGGGGAAAUAGACCCGAAUAUUAGACAUAAAAACAUAAAAAGAUGUAUUCUGAACUUAACGUAUGAGGUUGUGCUAUUUCUGAUCAUUUCAACACUUUUCUACCUUGGAAUGAGGGAAGACUGAUACUUGGCUAUAAACUCUUUUUGCAAAGCUUCAUUAUAAUUAUCAAAGGAGGUAUAGUUAUUCCUAUAAUAACUCUUAUAACAAUGCUGUUAAUUAAAAACUACCUGGAGCCAGAGCAUAUUGAGAUAAUUUCUUCAAUGAUUGCUAUUCCUUCAAGUGGAUGGUUUUGAUAUGUAUUAAGUCUGUAUUUUUAAUAAAGCUAACAACUGUAAUACCGAAGCCAAACACUUGUUCUAUCUGCAUACGAUCCUGACUCUUGAAGCUCUAUGGUUCUUCUGUAAGUUAUUCUUAAUAGUCCUUAUUCUCUCUGGUAUACUGCUUUCGAUGAUAAUUCAAACUUAUCUUACCUGAAGAAAUUCCAAUAGGAGAUCGAGAUCAGUUAAAGAGAGAAUCUUUGGAAGAAAAUCACUUGAUGUCUCCUACUCCAAAAUUGACCCUGAAGAAUUUUGCAUCAUUUGAAUGGAGAUAUAUACACCUGAGGAUCAAAUGAUCCGGCUUCCUUGAACCCAAAAGCACUUUUUCCACUCAAGAUGAUUGGGAGAUUGGAUAUCAGUGACACCCAAGUGCCCUCUCUGAAACACAGAUAUUGACGCUAGCAUGUCUAUUUCAAGUGAUACAUAAUAA